GAAAGCUUAGCAUGCCAUUGACUCACAUCAAACCGACUCAAGCUAACCUUGGACCUGGUCGCGUCCACGGCCAGAAGCAAACACUUCCAUCGCUGUGCGCUACAGUGCUGUGAAGGACAAGGAUAUCGAAUUACACCCAGGAUACUUGAUCUCUCUUGGGUAUCGGCAUUGUUCGUCCCCGCCGCGAAGUCGUUGUCACACAUACUAGUGGUCCGGGUUGUCACUCCCCGGUCUUCAGCUCUCACACAAAGCCAUGGCGCCUUCACAGGCGGCUCAUGUGCCCACGUUGGACAAUUUGAUCAAGUCGUUCAACAGCCAGCCGCUUGAGGCCUCAAUUGAAGCACUGGUCUUUCUUCUCAAGCGACGACAAGUAAAGGGCGAUGAGUGCGCCCGAGCGACUGCGCAUAUUCUCCGCCAGGUUGUCGCCAAGUCGAAGUGGCACGAUGUGGACCAGCUCCUUUCCAGAGUCCAGAGCACGGGGUCGAGGCUCGUAAGGGCUGCUCCGCUGGAGCCAGUUAUUGGAAACAUCGUACGGCGAGUGCUGGGUCUAAUCCGGGAUGAGGCGUCCGAGGACAGAAAUAAUGCCGAUGAUCUGGCCAGCGAGGCCGCGUCCGACAUCCAGAGCCUGGCUGCAAGUGCGCCGCCUCCUCCGGCGAGGCCCGUCCCUGUCACUAUCCGCCCCGGCCCGUCGGCCAUUACGACGGGCAUGCAAGUCUCUAAGUCGAUGUUCAACCUGCUCUCAGUAGCAGACCCCGGCGACUCGCCGGCGACGGGGGCGUCGACUCCCUUAUCCCAGGCUCAGCCAGCCAGCGUGCACGCACUACGAUCCGAGGUCAUGGACGGCAUUGAGGAAAUCUUGGACGAGAUCAACCAGGCGGACGACCAGAUUGCAGGCUUUUCAGACAUUCAGAUCCAUCCCGGUGACUACGUGCUCGCCUAUCAGCCGACGCGUUCCGUCGAGAGGUUUCUAAUGAAAGCUGCAUCAAAGCGGAAGUUCACGGCGGUUAUCGCCAGUCUCGACCCCCCUAGCGGUAGAGCAGUGGAAUGCCCAUAUGCCGCGUUACGGAAGAAGCUCAAUGCCGCGGGAGUAAACACGAUCAACCUUGCGAGCAAUGGCCUGAUGGCUUACAUACCCCGCGUCAACAAGGUCAUAUUCGGGGCAAAAGCAGUCUACCAGAACGGAGGGCUGCUUGUGGACAGCGGCUGCUGCAUUGCUGCUCAGGCGGCACAUGAGUAUCUCAAGCCCGUCAUUGUCCUUUGUCCUGUUUACAAAUUCUGCCCCGAAGAUCCAUCAGACGAGGUUUCGCGAGGAGAGCUGGGCAACCCGUCCAGCUAUGUGAGCUAUGCGAACGGCCCCGGGGUGGACGCCCUUGAGGUUGAGAACACGGUCACGGACUACAUUCCGCCAGAGCUCGUUGACGUAUACCUUACCAACUUGGGUCCGCAAACCCGAGAUCACCUGGCCAAUAUCCUAGCGGACCACUAUAAGACCGAGGAUAUAGGCUUCUCCAUGCAGCCCGGCGAGCCGUAAGCUGGUGCUGCAAUACUAGUAUGCCUAAUAAUCCUCGAUCUAUCUAGAGUUCUAGACUGUCGGGUCGCCGCAGGACGCGACAGCUCUUUGUGUCCUUCGAAGCAAAUCGAAGCCUGGCUAGUGACGUCCGUCUGGAUUUGGAAGUUCCAGAAUACAGCAUGUCCAACGAAACCCAUGUCAUUCCCGCAGCGUUCAGGUUGGGCCGCGUAAUCGAGGGGUGAGCUUGCGUGGGACACAGGGCGGGGGAACAAAUGAGGAAGCGGAACAAGCGGGCUCUGUCAGCCUGGCCAUUCGGGAUCGCUCUCGCUUAGGGUCUCCACCGCAGUGCGCUGGCAAAUGGGAGGCCAGCGCCUUGACAUGGGUGGCGAUUAAGCUUACGCCUCGGGGCGAUGUCGAGGCCGCAAGGCAGGCACUGCUGUGACUUGCUCUGCUCAUCCAAUAUACCACAUCACCCCACC